GGUCGUUUCCGAUUGGAUACUAUUUCUAACCACUAGAGGUCAAGUUUUAAGAAAACACAAAGAAUCGUUCAUAGUGCUCUCCCUUUGAAAUGGAUGCUCAAAAAAAAAUUCAUCACCGUUAUUUGUGUGGAGGUCUGACAAAAUUAAAAGCAUCAUCAGAACACACAGACACUGUUCUAGUUGUAGGAGACUGCAGUUUUCCUUGCCAUCGCACGGUACUCGCCGCUAUGUCGGCUUACUUCUGCGCUAUGUUUAGCUCAGGUAUGCGAGAAAGUCAUGACAAAGUGAUUACCUUAAAAGGCAUUCUGCCUGUUCAUUUUGAGAAAGUGUUAGAUUUUCUAUAUACCGGUGACAUAGAACUCUCUUACGAUUAUGUGGUUGAUCUUCUGCAGAUAUCAUCUAUGUAUCAGAUACAAGCAUUGCAGCUUAUAUGUGAAAAAUUUUUGGCUAAAGAUCUUUGUGUCCAAAACUGUAUAUUUAAUUGGAAAAUAGCAGUUUCUUAUAACUGUCCGUUAUUAGAAGAGAAAGCCUUUUGGCACAUGACUGAAAAUUUCCCUGAGUUAAAGCAUUCAAAAGACUUUUUAGAAUUUAGCAAAGAUGAAUUGGUAAGGUAUAUUGAUGCUGAUCAUUUAAAUGUUGAAAAAGAAGAGGAGGUUUUACAGUUUGUGACAUCUUGGUUGGAAAAUGAUUUAGAGCGUGGAGAAAAAUGUGUAAUAGACAUUGUAAGACACCUGCGUUUUCCUCUAAUGGAGGCUAAAGCUGUAAAUGAAAUCAUAUUACAUUCAUCUUGUAUUCAAACAAGCUCAGAAUCCAAAGAAUAUAUACAGAAAGCACUGAAAGCUAAUCAGAAUUCUUUAUUUCCUGGGAUGGAGUUAAGCUCUAAGAUCUUUAACCCCCGUAAAGAACAUGCUCUAGUGAUGGUGGACGGUAGAAGACAGGAAGUUUGUUGCUUCACUCUACACUCCAAAAAACUCUACUUCCUCGCUAAAUUUCCGUACUUCUCUAAUGCUAAAGCAGCGUGUGUGCACCAGGGGGAUAUCUACGUGUCAGGCGGCUCCGACCAGCAGAACAGGAUGGUCAGGUUUGUAACCGAGCAGAACAGGUGGGAAAACUGCAGCGAUCUUGUUGAACCUCGCUACUUUCAUGCCAUGGUUUCUGUCCAGGAUUUUGUUUUUAUUGUUGGUGGGUACAGCAAAAAUGCGGCUGUGAAUCCUGCCGGUAUUGAAAGGUACGACCCAGCCAAGAACGAGAUUUCAGCGGUUGGGCUUCUAGCAAUGUCUGUUGGUAAAAUGUCUGCCACGGCUGUUGGGGACGUCAUUUAUAUGUUUGGGGGAUGUGUGGACCACUAUGACUAUUUAGACAAUGAAAUGUUGUUUAUGCCCACAACAUUUCAGAGCUUUAACACCAAAACAAAUGUGGCCUGUGUCCUGGGGUGCGUGCCAUCCAUCACCAUAGGCAGCCAGUCCCUGACUGUUGAGGACACUGUGUAUGUUUUCAGCUCCAAUGGAAACAUUCUAACACUUUCAGAUGACAAAACUCCGCUCAUUGUUCAUGUCCUCAAAUCAUUUGAUCAGCGACAUUUCCGGGUGGUUUACCACCAGGGCUGUUUCUUUAUUCUCCAGCUUGCUGCGCCUAAAUUUAACGACGAAGUCCUUGUCUUAUCCUGGAAUCAUCAAACUAAGGAGGAGUAUGUAUUGCUAUGGGAUAAAUUACCCAGGACGCUACUUGAUUCUCAUUGGCUGAAAGUUACUAUAGGCAAGCAGCACCUUAGAUAUGAAUGUAACCGACGUUAGGAUUAUAAAAUUAUGUUAGUUGAUAGAAAAGUUAAGAGUUAUUUAUUUUUUCAUUGUUAAAAAAAGAGUUAGUCACUGUUUAUCAAAAUAUUUAAAAAUCUUAGGCUUUGAACUUAAAAGAAAUUAUUGGAAAAACAGUUUACUUCUUAUAUGUGUUUAUAUUUGUUGUUUUUUUAUGUAGCAGCUUCUUAAUGUAAAUGGUAUUAAAUAAUUCUGACAUUCAAAAGCAAGAUGGCUAAUUACAUUUUUGUUUUUUUAAAGUUAUGUGGGUUAUAUCCCUUGUUAAACCUUCAUAAAGUGAUGUGUGUUAUACCCUGUGCUUUACCUGUGAAUACAACUGGAUGGGUCCUACUCUUUUACCCAUGUUGUAAGUUUUAUAUUUGUUAAAUGGCUAAAUUACAAUAUUUUGCUUUGAGGGUAAUACAUCAUAUCAUACUCUAUUGAAUCUUUCAAAACAUGUUUGCUACCAUCUGAUUGCAGCCUACCUCUACAAUUUUCAUGCUCAAAUUUGUAUUGUUUCAGCAUUAAGUCUGAAAGCUUUUAGACAUUUUUAUAUUGUAUAUGCUAUAUUAGUGGAGCAAGUUACAGCCUGGUUCGUGUUGUUAAGAAGGAUUUUUUUUUUUAAUAGUUCUAAUUGUAAAGCAUUUGUUGCUCAUGACAUCUCUUUCACACACUUCAGCAAACAAUGCUUUAUUACUACACCUAAAGAAUAAAAAGCUUGCUCUAUUUUAAAACGUUUUUCUUAACUCAGCUUCGCGUUUGUUUGUUUGGAUGUUUGUUGUUAAAAUUGACAUCGAAAAUUAGCCCACUUCUGAUUGCUCUACAGACCUGAAAUUUGGCAUGCAUGCUACUUUCGCCUAACAAUUUCAGAUGCAAUCAUAAAAACUAGCAAUUAGUGACCGUAAUUAGCUUAAUUUAAUUACGCCCCAAGGACCAUAAAAUUGAGGACAUGAUUUCUAAAGAUACCGACAAGACUUGAAGCCUAUUGACACAGUUACUUCGGCCCCAAUCGCUGUGAGCGCGCUGGCCGUGAUCGUAUAGUGGUUAGUACUUCGCGUUGUGGCCGCGACAACCCAGGUUCGAAUCCUGGUCGCUCAAUAUUUUUAGUCCGUGUAUUUAUAAACACUUAGUCAAUUCAUACUUAAUCAAGUCAUUAGAUAAAGUAGAAAAUGAACUAUAUAAAAAACUUUUUUAAAAACCACGUUUUUCAUGUG